AUGAAACGUGUUACUGCUGUGCAAGGGUUCUCGAAGGUUCUAGGGUCACGUGACUUGAUCGCUUGUGAAAGGAAGUCGAAAUCGGGAAUGUUGGAGAUAAAGGUAGUGGGUGCUAAUGGAAUAGAGAAGUUGGGAAAUGUAAAGGAUGGGUUCGGGUUAGGCUUCUCGUGUGAGGAAUGCAGCAAAAAAGACAAGCUCGUGGCCCGAAUACUCACCAGUGCACCGCAAGAGCAAAUUGACUUCCUCCAGCAGGCUGGGCAGAUGAAGAAACAAGAGGCAGAGGGAAAAAGGCUUGAAGGAACAAGAAAACAUAAAUGUGCUGAUGAUUGUCUGGCACAUCGAGUUGCUCAGAGACUUGAUGAUAUGGAGGAGGAGACACCAGCAAAGGAUGCAUAUGACUCUGCAAGGUUCCUGGAGCUUCCAUCAACAGAAGAGGUGAAAGAUUGUUACCGGAAGUUCUAUGAUGCAACAUCAAAUGCUGCACUGGCAUCUGGUGUUUGUGGUGUCUGCGUGCGGGAGGCUGGAGCCAUGGACUGGUUCCUUCAGCUCCUCAUCCUGCCCAUGAUCUCCAUAAUGGAAAGCUCCUGGAGCCCACUGGCGUCAAAUCAGAAUGCAACAAUACCUGGGUUAAUUUGUGUACGUGAUGCAUCUACGCUUCAACGUGGGAUGUGGGGAAAUGUUAGUACCUACGAUAUGCCCUUGAAGGGGGUUGCAUUGAUGCUUGAGGGAAAGCUCCUGCCUCGUACCCCUGCAAUACUUGCCUCAAUCAUCUCUGUCACUUUCAUCGGCCAUGGCAAGCUACCACGUCAUUGGAUGCGGACAACAUGUUGUGUCAGGCGCCAGGUUGUGUUCAAUGCCCUACAGUGGUUGAAAAUGAACAACACCAAAUACUAUGGAGAUAUUGAGAUCAGCAAUUCACGGAUUGAGGAACUACCAGAGGAUGAUGUCCCACCAGAAAUUAUUGGGAUAGGUGCUAGAUAUGUGCCAAAUGAUGAUGGCGAGCAGGACAAAACAUCACCAAAUGACAAAGAAGAGCUGAAUGACACAGAAGGACCUGACAUCAUCCCUUUACAAGUGUCGGGCACAAUCGAUACUGAUAUGUCAAGGCUAGCCGCGAGUGAGAUGAUAACUUGGGGCCUUGCAAACCUAUGGAAUGAAGGGAAAGAGGGGGGUUAUGCUGUGCAGCAUGGUCAAAAGCCUGUCAGUGAUUUUCCUCCCAAUCCAAACGAGCACGGGAAACAAGGGGAAGAACAUCACAAUUUCUUCGAGAAGGCCUUUCCCUGCCUGUUUCCAUAUGGAGAGGGAGGGAUUGAAGCAACACAAGCGGUCAAGGUUGACUUUGGAGAGCACGUCAGAUGGGUGUUGUGCUACUAUGACCGGCAUUUUAGAAGACAUGAGACCUUCCCAUUCGUUCCAUUUGGUAUCCUGCAAUGGCGGCAAUCUCUUGGGUCUGCACAGCUCCAGAUGAGGCGUCAGACAUUCAAGCUUGAUGUGAAGAUUCUAUCCACCAUUACCCUGGAUAAGCUUCAGAAAGCACAGAACAAAGAAGAAAAGAACCUACCGACUUUGGAUCCUGCUAUUCAGCUUCUGAAGAAACAUAUACAGACUCGCUGCUAUUAA